AUGGCCAGCCUGAAGAUCGCAGAGGACUUCCUGGCAUCACUUCCCGAUCCGGACACGCUGCCACAGUGCACGGGCUGUGUCUGGACAGAAGACGUGCGAGCACGCAGUGAACGGGAUGCACGACUAUCUCGAAAAUGUCUGGCAGCCGUUGAGUGCGAUUUGGCGGCAGUGAACAUUCAGAUAUGUGAACGUCUCGAUGAUACUGAAGUCUUGAUUAACGAGGUUGACAAUUGGGAGGAUAUGGCGAUAUUGGAGACUGAGAAGUCAGCGAUUGUCAGAACAUUGCGUUGGCUCAAGUACCUCGAUGCGUUGAGUAUACAGCAAGGGUCGGACCCCAUGCCUCCUCAGACGUGGAAAUAUGUUGGUCGUCUCUUGCUCAGCGGCGAGUGGGAUCACGUGCCUGGGCGGCGGGACUUGUAUCUCCUUAUUGUGGAUGAUCACGGAAAGGACGAUCCACGGUUUCUUCCACCGCCGCUACUAGAAGUGCGUCUUGCAAUAUCUGUCAGUACAACUGCUAUUACCUGGCACCACUUCAACAUUACCGACCCUAGCCACUUUGCAGCGCAUUGGAAUUUAUUACACAACUCAGGCGCACAUAUUGCUCCGGUCCUGUUGUUGGAUGAUUCAAGAAAUGUGGCAUGGCUGGUAGAAUUCCUUGGGCAGUGGCUUGAUUUGAGUCCGCAGAUCUUCAUUGAGCAUCUGUGGCGGCGAUUUGGGCGUGCUGGAGCCGGCUACGGAGUUGACUUCAUCCAGGCACCAGCCGUACAUGGCCCUGACGAUGUACCGAAUCAUCCCGGGCUGCUCCUACGUCCAAGAAAGGUCAACAUAGUUUCCUCGCUAGAUUCGACAGAAGACAGACGGAAACCUGUCGUCGAGGUACCUUUGUUUCAGGCAAGUCUCGAACAGAUGUCGAUCAGCUCGUGGCACGUCGGCAGAUUGGUCCGGCCCUGGGAAAAAUCGCAUAUCGACACAUCGAGUAGGGUUGAGCUGAUCAAGCUGAUGGCCAGUGUUAUCCGCACUUUAAAGGGCCAAAUAGUCGCUCUGCCAUAUUUUAUCAGGGAACGGAUAGGCUUCGAAGGCCUAGCAUGA